UAUUAACAAUAUUAUUAUAACAGGAAAUUCAUACUGCCAAACUUUACUGCGAAGUUUUCGAAGUUUUCGUCUUAAAAAGAUUAAAAUGCUUCGAAAGUAUCAAGCAUAAGUCUUUAUAAAUCAGAAUGAUGUUCGGAUAUCGAAAAUUCGUACCGAAAUCGUUGGUUUUGCAAGUUAAAUGGCUUUUCGGGGAUCCAUAUAAGCUGUCGCGAAGAGCUUUAGCUACGAUUGACGACGUACCGGCGAGCUGUCAAACGGUUGAUGCACAAGAGAAGCUCAAACAAAAUACAGCUAUGUUUAACGAUACGAGGAGUGCUUAUAGAAGUAAAACUACGCGAGAAAUUCUACGAGCCUUGCUUGUAUUCAGAUUAUGUUCCGUCAACUUUUUGGUCGAUAACAAUUUAAAGGUAUGUUGCAAUUAUGUUGUAUUAGUACCAUUAGAAUUGUUUGGAUGUUAUAAAUAUAGUUUUGAAGUGUUAAGGCUGAGAUUUGGGUUAAAAAUAAACUUUAAAAUUGGGACUAAAGCGAAAAGCUUGCAGUUUUAGUUGACUUUUUAUUUAAAAAUGUACAUUUAUUGUACUAUUAAACAGUGAAUGUUUAAUAGCUAUAUUUAGAGCGUCUGAAACGGAUAACUGAUUAUGCUUAAACGUUACAGACAUUUGCCCGCAUUUUUGACUGACGACAAACAAAAUAGCUAAAGUGAAAGCUGGCAAACGGCAGAAACAGCAAUUUGGAACAAGCAACUUGCAAAUAUAUUUUACAGACAGCAGACAAUUUAACUGAGAAGUUUAUUAUUUUAGCUGAUAACUGAUAUCCCAAACAAACUCAAUAUUUAAUAUUGUGGCAAAAUAUACAAUAUCUUGUUUACUGUGGAGGGCUUAAAUGCAGGGUACAGGCUGGUGCAGUUUGAUUGGGCUAAGAUGGGUUUGGGGUAUUCUUAUGCUGUUUUAGGCAAUAAAAUUGUAUACCUAUAAUUCACAUCAAACCUAUUAACUGGGGUUUUUUAUCCUAACCAAAACUCACCCACCAUCCCAGAGGGUUCAUGAGAUUCCAGGUUGAAUUUGCAUGUUGGUUAACCCCAGGUUAGGGUUGGGUUGGGUUAGGUUUAUGAUUUUAUUGCCUAAAACAACAUAAAAAUAGCCAAAAUCUAUCUUUAUCUCAUAAUAUGUACCUAGAACCAUCUGCUGUUUACUACUGUAUACUGAAACAUGAUGCCUUAAUUGUUACUCUAAAAAAAUAUUUGACCUUUGCAAUUAUGAAGUGGGGUUAGCACUUGUUUGGGUUAUUGAGCAUAUUAUCAGAAAAUUAAGAAUUUUAAAUCUUAUUAAGUGCUUAGGAAAAGUACCUUAGAAUUCUGCUGCACAAUUUACUGUAAAAGAUGAGUGAAUUUUUGUGUACUGGGCUAUUGUGUUACCAAGGGUGCAUGCAGUUUGUGAAAUUGUUGUGGAGGUUAAAUUGAGGAUGUUUAUAUAAAGAUUAUAAACUACUAUAUUGUGCAGCAGGUGGUGUCAUUAACCUCGUAGUUAACAGAGAAACUGCUGUUUCAUUAUAUAUGUGCUGCCAGUCUUGUGCUUAAUAAUAAGAAGAAAAUUGCUUCUCACAAGUAUCAACAUUUCUGCAGUUGCCCAUUUUCUGUGCCACCUUGUACCAGAAGGUGAUAAUCGAAAUGAAACCUAGCACUGCCAAUGUUUUUUUAUUUUUAAAAGUGCUUGGGAUUUUGGUCAAAACAAGAAAAACUUGUAGUGUUGCAUGACUGAGAGUAGGGUCAUAGAGAUAGUAGUAAAAAGUUAAGUUUAUUUCUUGUUUUGUCAACAUGAAACAUUUAAAUUUGCCUGAGGAUGAUGUUGUCUGUAGACAAGUAAUUUAACCCAUUCAUUGCCUGCUAUUCCAGACAAUGGUGUUUUUCACUUCACUGUUGAGUAGAAGUCAUUAUUCCACUCACUGCAAAAAAAAAAGUGGGACAAUUAAUUCAAUAGAAUUGCUCAAUUGUGUAACCAUCUGUAUUUCACAGACACAAUUUCUCGCGAAGAACUUUGCUGUCGCGGAAUCGGCUAGCUGGGUCUUUAUAGAUACAUUAGUUUAAUUGAACAGUUUAUAUGAACACCAAACAAACAAUUUUUGUAGCUGAUGAACUUUGGAAAGAAAAUUCUUGGGAAAAGGAUAUUUAAUGGAGUGAUGAAGGCAACGUUUUAUGGUCAUUUUGUUGGUGGUGAAGAUCAGGUCGCUCUGAAGCCAGUUGUGUCAAGACUUCAGAAGUUUGGUGUAGGUGCGAUACUUGAUUACUCUGUUGAAGAGGAUAUCAAUGAAAAUGAAACUAGGUAAGAAAAAAAAUGGUAAAAUUGAAAAUAAUUAUGUUCAUAUGUUUGCUGUUUUAUUCUUUGAAAAUGUUUCUAAUGGUUGCAUAAUUUUGUGUCUUACUUUUGUGUUUUAGUAAUGGGAAUGGUUCCAACAAUGAAGGUCAAAAUAAAGUUCAACCUGGUUAGUUGUUAAUAAAGUCCCCCCUCUCUGUCAAACCCUCUGCAAACAACAAUUAUAUCUUAUAUAGCCCUCUGCAUUAACUGACCUCAUCUCCAACAAUUCCCCCACUCCAAUAGUCCCCUCUAAUAUCUCCCCCCCUUUCCAUUUAGCCCCCUCUCUGAUAGCCACCCUUCUUCAAUAAGCCUCCUCUCCAAUAAGCCUCCUCUCCAAUAAGCCUCCUCUCCAAUAAGCCUCCUCUCCAAUAAGCCUCCUCUCCAAUAAGCCUCCUCUCCAAUUAAGCCUCUCCAAUUAAGCCUCCUCUCCAAUUAAGCCUCCUCUCCAAUUAAGCCUCCUCUCCAAUUAAGCCUCCUCUCCAAUUAAGCCUCCUCUCCAAUAAGCCUCCUCUCCAAUAAGCCUCCUCUCCAAUAAGCCUCCUCUCCAAUAACCCCCCUCUUUCUCUGCAAUAACUACUGUCUUGAUUAAGCCCCCUGUUUAAUAUGCCCCCUCCCCAAUAAGCCCUCUCUCUAAAACACCCCUCUGUAGGGUACACCCAAUAUGUUGCAAGCCUGUCACAUAAGUUCUUGCAUAUCCUGAGGUCCACCCCCAAAAACGAAUCCCUUACAAGCUAUAUUCGAUUGUGUGAUUGUACUGUACUAAACCAUUUAUUUAGCUGUAAACAAGGACAUGGUAAAACAGUUCCAGUUGAAUAAAGAUUUUGCAGACAGGAGAAAGAAAGUAAUCAGUGCAAGAACGUAUUUCUAUGAAGACGAACACAAGUGUGAUGUUCAUUUAGAAACGUUUUUGAAUUGCAUUGAUGCAGUAGGUAAAUCUGACUCAGGCCCACAACAAUUGUUUUAUACUGUUGUGAUGUCCCUGCCAUUUGUUGCUAAUAAAUUCAUCGAUUAGGGCGUUUCUUGAAAGAAACUAAGAAACCUUCGUGUAGAAUGCAUUGUGUAUUGAGUCACUCCCCUAAUUUUAAUAGGUUAUGCCAGUGAAAAUGGAUUUGCUGCCAUAAAACUGACUGCUCUUGGAAGACCUCAAUUACUGGUAAUUCAUAUAACUUAUAGUUUAAACUUAUAGUUUAAAACCCCCCAAAAAAGGGUUCAGCACAGAAGGAUUGUAUUCACUGAAUUAUAUUGUACUACAAAAUACAGGUUCGACUGUAAACUAUUAUAUUAAUAUUUCGUUUAUAUUAACUCUUAGUUAAGGCUGUCAGAAAUCCUCUACCAAACCAAGUACCAUUUUGAUCAGAUGGCCAGCCAGUGUGCUGAAGGAAGAAUCAUAAACAGAAGAAUUGCAAGGACAUCUUUCUUUGAAGGACUCCUUAAGCUUGGAGUAAGGUUUAUUUGUUUUAAUGUUCAGAAGAAGACGUUCCGUUUCCCAACGUAACAUCAUUUUGCGCUUGCUCUCUGUAUAUAUUAACCCUUCGAGUGGCAUUUAAUGCGCUCAAAUGCGCCCUACGUUAUUAUUUUACUCUGUCUAACGCCAGACAAUUUUACUCAAGGGGAGAGUGCUGGCACUCUGAAUAAAUCUGCCCAUACAUGUGUCUUGUUAAGAGUAGAAUCUUUUGUAUGUUACCGUAACACGCUCUCAAAGGAAUGUAUUUUCCCACUUGGUUAUGACUAUAUUCAAAAUUUUUAUUUUUCAAUACGUUUCUCAAGCGGCGAACAAACUUAAAAAGUAUUUUUAGUGCUUUAUCUGUAAACUAAUGCUAAAAUGAAGAGAUUUUUGAUGGUACGCCAAAGAGAAAAUGAUGCCUGAAGUUUAGUAAUUCUUGCUUAUAUUGCUGUUAGUAUAACUAUAUUGUCAAUUUUACAGCAUCAAUGUCAAUGAUAAUUGUAUUUAAAUUGACAAUAUUUAACUAUUAUUUUGUGUUUCUCAACCGCCAGAUACAUUUAAAAAGGUUGCUAACUGUGUUAACUACAAAAUAAAGCUAACACAAUGUAAUUUUGAGAGGAACGCCAAAAUGAUUUUAAGUUUUGAACUUUUUCAUUGCAAAUACGCGACAAAUUCACCCUACGUUAUUUUAUUCCGUCUAACCACUCUAACGCCAGAUGAUUUUGUUAAUUUUGAAGUUAAUCUUUCACUUAUUAGAUGCAUUUAACUGAAGCAGAAGCUGACGAAAUUUUUGACACGAUUGAUAUCAACAAAUCCGGGUAAUUUUCUGCAAUUUCAUUACCAAUCCAAUUGCGUUAGGCGACCACAGUUUUUGGCAGCGCUUUCUAAUUCAAGUUGUUAUCAUCACCUUGUCGCAAGAUUGAUGACGGUAACAGACUUGCGCUACAAGUUGUUCCAACAAGACUAAUACAAGCAACAAGUAGCUACAAGCUUGUUAACUAUCACCUUGUUAACAAUUUGUUACGUGUAGUCUGUAGACGAUAUUAGACUUGUUAGAUAGAACCACUCAUGCUGUUGGCCUCAUCAACCAUGUUAUACAAGUUGAUAACAAGUCACGUGUAGUCUGUAGACGAUAUUAGACUUGUUAGAUAGAACCACUCAUGCUGUUGGCCUCAUCAACCAUGUAAUACAAGUUGAUAACAAGUUGUUCCAGACUUUUCACAACUGGGAACAAGCAGUCAGAUUGACAACCUUCUUGACAAGCUGUGAGAUUUUACUCGUGUUGAAGAUAGACAUUAGAAAAGGAAGGGCAGAACAGAAAAUUGCGCAAUCAGAAAGCGAGAACCAAUCUUAAUAAUAGCUUUUUUCUUGUUCUGUUUCGUAGUGAUAUUGAUAUCAUUGAAUGGAGUCAUUUUCUUACACCUCAAUUGGAACUUUUUAAGCUUUUUCAAGCAUCGCCGGUGGGUAUUCUAUUACGCUUUAAAGUUUCAACCCAUGCAUUUUUCAUGCAAUGAGUCCAAUUAGCCAUUUCCCAAUCGAGCAGAGGACUGGGUCUAGUCGCUUGUUUGGAAGGACAAAAAACAAUAUGCCGAAUAUUGGCAUCUAGGAAGUUUUCCUACAUUCCUAAAGUAAUUUGUGCAGCCUGAAACGCAACAAUUAUAAUAAGGCAUCUUUUAAUAUAUAUUUAGCUCGCUCACUAUAACUUGUUGUCCCUCCAAACAUCAACUAGACCCAGUCCUCUGCUCGAUUGGGAAAUGGCUAAUCGAUUGUUUUGUUUUAUAUGAAGGGUGAUACCAGUGCACCAGUUAUUUCUGCGUUAAAUGAUCGUGAAUUGGAACAGAUGGAAAACAUGCGCAGAAGACUUCACCAGUUGGCCAAGGUAAUUUUAUGUAGUAUUUAACAAUUAUUCGCCAAAGGCGAGGUGAUUAGCGGGGAAUAUUCGCCGAGACGAAGUCGAGUGAAUAUUCCCCGAUAAUCACAGAGCCUGAGGCGAAUAAUAGUUUUAGUAUUUUUACACAAGUCUUUUGUAUUUUUUUGGGACUGAAUAUAUUUUAAUUUAGCUUAUUUCUUUAUCAGUAGCUUCCACAAAACGGCUAGCCGCCAUUUUGAAAAUUUCGUUUUGUGAAUAUAACAGCUUUUAAGCCUGUAUUAAAAUACGUCAAAUUUGACCAACCAACUUACAGGAUUUGUUAUAUUCACUUGUGCAAAAAAUACUAAUAUCCAAGAAUCUUCCCUUGGCGAGUAAAAUCGUCUGACGUAAGAGACUGACUUGUAAGGUGUUUAGACUGUUUAGUAUGAUGCAGCAUCAUUGAUUGGAGGGCAAUUAUAGGUAGAAUACUCUGGUCUUCACUACUGUAAAUACUAGUUAAAAUGUGAGCAGCUGAUCUUUACGGGCAUCCAUAAAAUCAGUUGCGAAUAUUUUAACGAAGUUGUCAAAUUAAUUUAUUUGCUAAUUACAUUAUUAUUAUUGACUGUCCAUCAUGAGGACAAUCUCGCGAUUCAUUAGCAUGCAUUUAUGCAGCGUAAAUCUAGUGAUGCGUGCGUUUUGAUUCUAUUGAAUCGUCCUGCUUCUGAAUUAAUAUUCAUAACUUUCAUAAACAUCCCUCUAACAUGACUUUCUGAUCUUUAAUGCGGUUUACAAGUGUGCACAUGUGACCUAAAUACCGCGUCAUGAUUUGUUUGUAGCCUUAUUAAUUAUUCAUGAAUUUUAUUAGUGAUGUAUAAUUACCAUCUAUAAUUAAAAUUUUUAUUAUUGACAAUUUCACAACCAUGGUACUGUCUCAUUUUGUCUCUAUUAUACUUUUGUUUUUGUAAUUACCUUUAUUCCAUGUAAAAAAGGAUUCGAUAAGGGAUUUGGAGUCCCCCUUGCGCUCCCCUUUGCUAACACUAGGAGGUGUGCGCAUCCCCCCCCCCCUCCCUUCCGCACCCCCAAGUAAAUCCAUCCUUGGUAUAUUUGUCUUAAAACAGAGAGCUAUGGAACAGAAUGUCCGACUGAUGGUGGACGCUGAACAGACGUAUUUCCAACCUGCCAUUAGCAGACUUACAUUGGACAUGCAGAGAUUGUACAACAAAGAAAAACCAAUCAUUUUGAACACCUAUCAAUGCUACUUGAAGGUUGGUGCAUGUAUCAGUUGUCACUCUGCUUUUGAAAAGAGUGAACCCAGGGGACCUCCAGGGAGAAGAGUUUAUAGAUCUUAUAAAACUAUCCAAUAUAAAUAUACAGUAGAACCCCGCUAACUCGAACUAAAUCCAAUUCCCCUGACCAACUUGUUGCGGUUAACUCAGACUCGCUUGACUCGAACUACUAGUUCACUCAACUAAAUUUCAUUUUCUCUUGGUCCAAAAUUUUCCCGGUUAACCUGAAUUCUAUUCUUGAGACGUGAAUCGGCAAAGCAUAAAUUGUCAGAACAUAUGCACAUUGGCAAGUCCGAAGGUUGGAUUUCUAUUCAGAAAACAACAAUUUAAUCUGUAUAUAAUAUAUACAAACGUAAUACAAGUGGAUGAAGAGAGAAAAGAUUCAACAAGUUGCGUCCAUCAUCACUGAUAUAGCUUAUAGGUACUGUUAGUAGGUACUGUGAUAGAUGGUUUAACUUAGGUAACAGCAGUAGAAACUUUGUAAGUUCUUUAGAGUGUACCUUAAUUGCUAUACUUUAUUAAACAUAAUCAACGAAAUCCAACACAGACCCCGAGACCCUGGGCUCGAACAAUUUUUCGCUCCCUUAAGCCUGUUUUCCACUAGGCGGAAUUUUGCGCGCGUAGCGGAAUUUUUCUUUGUCUUUUCUAAUUAGUUCCACCCGAGAAAUCACAAGACAAAGAAAAAUUCCGCUCCGCGCGCAAAAUUCCGCCUACUGGAAAACAGGCUUUAGGGAGUUCGAGUUAGCGAGCUUUGACUAUAGUUAGUUCAAGUCGUUGAAAUGAGUAGAACUGGAACGCUACCUCCAACUGGUAAUUUGAAGCCAAGUCCCAGUCUUUUUGCGCUUGCGAAGAGCGCUCAAUCAGUCAAUCAUGAUAUAAGCACGCGUGUCUAUAGGGGUCAAGAUUUGGCUUCAAGAAAAAGAUAGGCAAUUUAUCUGAAGGUGGCGUUCCAGUUAUAUUCAUUUCAAUGGUUCAAGUAGAAAUAAAGUUCACAUUUAUAGUAUUUCUGCCACAGGACGCAUAUAACUCUGUGGAAACAGACAUGGAGUUAGCUCGGCGGGAAGGCUUCAGGUUUGGCGCGAAAAUCGUACGUGGAGCUUAUAUGGAACAGGAGAAGGCCCGCGCUCAGGCGAUGAACUAUGAAGAUCCAAUACACCCUAAUUAUCAGGCAACAUGUGAUAACUAUAACAAGGUUGUCAGUAGUAUCCUUGAGGAGGUGAAGAGGUCUGGAGCGAAUAUUGUGGUCGCUAGUCACAAUGAGGAUUCAGUUGUUUUCACAUUGCAAAGGUAUUUUUAUCUCACUUUCCACAAGUUCGUGAAGCCUAGUUUAACAUCGUUGUAAUUUUCCCCAGAAUGCGUGAACUGUCAAUUCCUCGGGAUAAAGGUGGGGUGUAUUUUGCUCAGCUGCUGGGGAUGUGUGACCAAGUUUCGUUUGUCUUAGGUGAGUAUUGCCCGUUCUCGUCCCCAGGCCGUGCGAGCUUGGGCCUGGAGACGAGGAUGAGUAAAUAGUUUGUUAUUAUAAUUAGUUUAGAAAUAUUGCAAUGCAAUUAAUGUGGUACUAUGAAAUAUUAUAAAAGUGCGUCACUUGACUUGGGCCUCGCGUUUGUGUACAUGAUAUUAGAGACCUUACGAUUUUAGGACGGCAACGCGACGGCCAAAACAAACUCCUUGAAAUAGAUGGUAGUAAGGACAAUUCGUUGUAUAUUAUCAAUCGUAUGGAUUUAAUACAGUCUUAGAAGUUGAAGAGAUGGGUUUUAUGGCUGGGAACAGUUCUGCUGAACCCAGUUUGAAGUUGCACUUGUUGCGGCUUGAAAUGCAGCCGUUGUAUCAAGACGUAAAAAUCUGUGAUUUCACUGAUUUGGCGUUGUAAACAGAGCGAGGACAAUGUCUAAAUUAUUCAUAUAUUGUAAUUAUUCAAUUCUUUUCAAUGAUCUAUUGUAUUGGUAGCCGUUGCCGUCCUAAGAUUGUAAGGGACCGUUCAUUAUUUAUACCUGGGGUUGGUACCGAAGAGAAGCGAAAAACACUGUAAUUUUUUUAUUUACCCAACCUCAACAUUGGUCAAAAUAAUGUUUACCCAACCCAUGUGUUACUGUACUUAAUAAUUAAACACACAAGAUUAUAUGGUAACAGAAAUCAAGUUGCCUAAAUUUUAAAAGCUCACUCAGACUCAAACUCACUGAGUGUGCCAAUGGAACCACGUUCCUGCUGAUCAAUAAUAGAGUCCCUCCUCAAUCACUGAUAGUCUACUUUGGUACAGAAUGUAUUGUGCACAUUUUUCUUCAUAUUUUCCAAUGCAUGGUAAUUUCGGUUUUAUUUUAUAGCUGACAGACAGCCACAAUUUUUUUUUACCCAACCCAUGAGCUAGUCAAAAACUUGAUUACCCAACCCAUAUCUCUUCGGUACCAACCCCGGGUGUAAAUAAUGAACGGUCCCUAAGGUCUCCAAUAGUCAAAACCCAACGUCUCGAUCACUUUGGCGUACUUUCUGGAAGCGUGUAUUAAUAUCGUUGGUAUAAUUUCCAGGUCAGACAGGUUAUAAGGCAUUCAAGUAUGUUCCUUACGGAUCCGUUUCCGAUGUGUUGCCGUACCUCUCCCGACGAGCUGCCGAGAACCGCGGCCUACUUGCAGGAGUAUUAAAAGAACGGAAACUACUUUGGAACGAAUUGAAAAGGCGAGGCAGAGAAGGAGAACUGUUCUAUAACCCUUACAAAGCUACUGUGAGCUGAGGCGUGGAGUUAUCGGGUUGAAUCAGGAAAUUUAAUUAAUUCGACGAGUAUCACUCCAUGGUAAGAGGUGUUUUGGGCCUUUGGCUAUACAAGAUAAGUGGUAAAACUGAGGCCGGAUAGCAGCUACUGGAUAUCAAUUUAAAUUUACCGUUGAGCGGUAUAGUUUGAGAAAAAUCCACAACUCAGAAGAAAUCUGGAGAUUUUGGAAAAAAAUCUGGAGAAUUUCCAAAUCAACUAAAAUGGAUUUUUUACGAGACUAGAAAGAGAAAGAGCUAUAGAUUAGCUUUCAAAAUUUACAAAAUUUUGAUAUAUAUAAUAUAUAUAUAUAUAUAUAUAUAUAUAUAUAUAUAUAUAUAUAUAUAUAUAUAUAUAUAUAUAUUGCAAAAUAAUUCUAUUUAAAAUCUACAAGGUCUAGGAAGUAGAGUUGACGUAUAGUAUAUUUCAUAUUUAGUUUUUUUUUUCGAUAUAUUUGUUGGUUCUAAAUGUAAUAGCAUGCAGAUAUCUAUUAUUUAAUGAACGGUUUUUUAAACGGAUAAUAUAUAUACAAUAUAUUUCAUAACAACAUAUAUUUGGUAUAAAAUAAGUAUAUUAUAAAUCUACUUAAAUAUACUAUAUUUAUUAUAAUAUACUAUAUUAUGUAGAUACAUUAAAUAUAGUAAUGUACUGCAUGUACUAAUGUACUGCAUGUACAAAAAAUGAACAACAAUAUUCAACGACAUAGAUAGCUACAUUAUUCCUCUUAUCUAUACGACAUUGACAAUAAAAGCCAAUGUGUUAAAUUGCUGUCUCGACUAGAAUAUAGCUUUACUGUUUUCAGUAUUACACAUAAUACAACAAUUUUUAAAAGCCUAACAAGACUAUUACAAUUGAUUUAAAUUGUCGCGUAAACCAAGAAAUGUUGUUUCCUAGCCAUGUUUCCUGAAUGUGGGCAAACCAGGAAAUAUUUUUUCCUAGCCAUGUUUCCUGAAGAUGGGCAAAACGAGGAAACACCAGAAACAUUGUUUCUUAGCUAUGUUUUGCAAGGUGGGCAAAUCUUGGUAUCCACAACCAAAACAGUGAUUUGGGAAACGAAAUUUGUUUCUGAAUUUGUUUGGAAACACUUCAGUUCGCCCAGUGUGAAAUAUACUCGGAGAGCAUCAUCACAAAUUUUUCCUUGAGCCCUGGGCAAACUAGGAAACAUUGUUGCGGAAACAUUUGUGAUUCUCGAUGUUUCCUCAAAUGUUUCUAUGUUUGCCCACCCGUGGAAACAUUGUUGCGGAAACAAAAUUUGCUUCCUGGGAAGCAAAAAUGUGUCCUAGCAAAUUCAGAAACAUAUGAUGUUUCCCUAUGUUUUUCACUGAUGUUUCCUAGCAGUGGCGGCGCCAGGCUUCCAAAUUUGGGGGGGCAUUUGAGGGGCAAACUCAAAUUUUUGGGGGGCAAGAUAGAAUUUUUAAAAAGGUCGCCCCCCCCAGGAAAUUCGCCCCCCCCCCUUCAAAACGUGGCUAUAUUCCUAGGAAUAUCGCCCCCGGGGGCGAAUAUCCUAGGAAUAUCGCCUCCCAGGGGGGUGGGGCGAAUACCCUAGGAAUAUCGCCCCUCUUUAG